GAGAGAAUAACGCUUAUGGGAACAAUUUUGGGGUUGAGAAGGACUUUAGGCCUUUGCCAGGAUCCACUCACUCAGGAUGACAAAGAAGCCAACAGACCCUUACCAAACAAAGGAGAACAUGGACUAGGAAAUGAGAAGUUCAAACCUGUGGUACCUUGGCCUCAUGUUGAAGGUGUGGAAGUGGACUUGGAAUCCAUUCGAAGGAAAAAUAAGGCCAAAAAUGAAUUAAAUCAGCAUGAUGGUGGUGAUAACAAUCAGCAAAACGUCAUCCAGAGGCAGUAUCUCACAUUUAAACCUCAGACAUUUGUAUAUCGAGAUCCUGUUUUACGACCUGGAGUCCUCGGUAAUUUUGAACCCAAAGAGCCUGAGCCUCAUGGAGUUGUUGGUGGCCCUGGAGAGGAAGCGAAGCCAUAUGUUUUAGGACCAGAUUACAAAGAAUCCGUUCAAGCCAGCAUAAAAGAGUUUGGGUUUAAUAUGGUGGCAAGUGAUAUGAUCUCACUAGAUCGGAGCGUUAAUGACUUGCGUCAAGAAGACAGUGGAGUUAUGUCAAUACCAGGUUUGGUGACAACAUCUGGAUGCUUCUGGCUAAGGCAGCUAUCUAUUUGGCUGGCUGUUGAUUGCUUACCAAGACGCUGCUGUGGCCCUUCAUAAAGGGUGUUUUUCCAUGUCAAGAGGUGGGAGAAACCUGGUGAGCUGUUAGUCUUACUCAUGCUUAUGCUUGCACUGCUGCUUGGAUUUACUACCCAUUGUGUGUUUGUUAAAAUGAAUGAAGUGCACAGAGUGUGGGACUUCUUUCAUGCCACGUUCCUUGGGUGACUUACUGAAGGUUUCCACCUGCUUGAAGUCAAAGAAGAGAAACAAGUUUGUCAACUGAUAGUGGAACAGGAAUGUUGAAUUUUACAGUUUCUUCCAAGCAGAUUUGCAGGUA